CACAGUGUUUCGUUGCUCAGCUCAGCUUUCCGGAUUUUUGUUCGGGUCGCGAUCGUUGAACGACGUUGUUGCUGUUCUCGUGGUUAUUUAAGAAAAUUAGCACAACGUUUCGCAUUCGGAAUCGAGUAAAGUGUGGCAAGUCUGCAGAGCACCUUCAAAAACUAAAAAAUGCAUGACAAGAGCAAUCGACUAUGUGCCAAACUGUCCAGUGCUUUCCUGAGAAAAUGGUGGUUUGUGAUAGCAUUCGCAUUGAGUUUGCUAGUACUUGGAAUUCUAGUCACAUUUGGAUUUACAACACUAGUUAGAACAGUUAUUAAUCACCAAGUAGCACUUAGGAAAGGCGGGCAGUCAUUUGGUUGGUGGUCUAAACCUCCAGUAGAACCAAUGAUAAGAAUAUUUGUAUAUAAUGUUACCAACGCUGACGAGUUCCUAAACAACGGAACGAAACCUAUUCUCGAUGAACUUGGUCCAUAUGUGUAUAUUGAAACAUGGGAAAAAGUGGACAUCGUAGAGAACUCCAACGGAACCAUCAGCUAUAACCAAAAACGAGUGUACAUAUUUAAUGAAGAGAUGUCUCAAGGACUGGAGGACGAUGUCGUUAUUGUGCCCAAUAUACCCAUGUUAAGUGCAACAUCACAAAGCAAACACGCGGCCAGAUUUCUUCGACUCGCAAUGGCCAGCAUCAUGGACAUUUUGAAAAUAAAACCAUUCGUAGAAGUCUCGGUUGGACAGCUUCUAUGGGGUUAUGAAGAUCCACUGCUAAAGCUUGCUAAAGAUGUUGUACCGAAGGAGCAGAAGUUACCAUAUGAUGAAUUUGGUCUAAUGUAUGGUAAAAAUAGUACUUCAAAGGACAGAGUUACUGUCUGGACAGGAGUUGACGAUAUCACACAAUACGGUAUCAUAGAUAAAUAUAACGGACGUUCCCACCAAACUCACUGGUCAACUGAACAAUGCAACCGCUUGAAUGGAACAGAUGGAUCAAUCUUUCCGCCACACAUAACUAAAAACACGACGCUUUUUGUGUACGAAAAGGAUCUAUGCCGUCUGUUACCGCUGAAAUUUGAAAAGGAGGUUACUGUUAAAAAUGGAGUGCAAGGAUUUCGGUUUACUCCAUCUCCAGAUGUAUUCGCUUCUGUAGAAAAAAAUAAAGACAAUUUGUGCUAUUGUCCUGCGGGACCCCCCUGUGCCCCCAAUGGAUUAUUCAACGUCUCAUUGUGCCAAUAUGAUUCCCCUAUUUUACUAAGCUUUCCUCACUUUUAUUUGGCUGACCAAUCGCUGCGAACAGCAGUAGAAGGAAUUUCUCCACCAGAAAAAGAGAAACAUCAGCUAUUUAUCGAUGUACAACCGGAAAUGGGCACCGCUCUCCGCGCUCGGGCACGAAUUCAGAUCAAUCUUGCAGUCAGUCAAGUGGUGGAUAUUAAACAGGUCGCCAAUUUUCCCGACAUCGUGUUCCCAAUCUUGUGGUUUGAAGAAGGCGUCGAUUCUCUCCCUGACGAAAUAUUAGACCUGAUGAAACUAGCCACUACUGUGCCACCAAAAGCAAAAUACGUGCUCACAAUUGCCUUGUUCUCACUCGGUGGAUGCUUAUUUUUGAUAGCUGUUAUCUGUUUAGUACGCAAAUCACAUCGACAAAGCACAUUGCAUUUGGAAGGAUCAAACUAUCUUGCAUCCGCCGCAGUUGACCAAGCGAAGAAAAAAGCAAAAAUGGAAAGCGGAAGCCAUCAACAUUAGUUUUUUUUAUUAUUUUUUUCUUGUGAUUGGGGGCAUAAGGGAUAAGGGUUUUAGGUGUCCAUCUCGAAGAAGUACGUAAAUAUGUUCAUUUUUAUAACAUGGUCAACGGAAACAUAAAUAAAAUUUGCUCAACAAUUCUUUGUAA